GUACGUCGCGCGAAAUUACUCUGAUUUAGCAGAAAUCUAUCAGAAUGAAUCGUUUGCAAGCGUUCCGGCAUCGUUACUGGGUAAUACUGUGGAAGGUCAGUGUCAGCAUGGAUGGAUCUAUGAUAUUCGCGAAGGUGGAUCAACCCUGGUUACCGAGUGGGACCUUGUAUGUGGCAAGCAAUGGCUAGUUGCUACUGCACAAGCCAUAUACAUGCUGGGGUUUCUCGUCGGAUGCAUCAUACCUGCAUAUCUGUCUGACACGAAAGGAAGAAAAUGGACGUUUAUCGUCACGUCUAUAGUGUUUGCUGUAAGCGCCACCGUAGCUGCGUUCUCCCCUAACUUCACAUGGUUUCUGAUCAUCCGAUUUCUCAUCGGGGCGGCGGGAGCAGGAGCAAUGAACAGUUCCUAUAUCUAUAAAACAUAUGAUUGUCACCGCCGAUGGCUCUGCUAGAGAACCCAACUUCAACCGACAUAUUACAACUCCGAAUAUGAGGAAAAAGUCUAUUAACAUGAUGUAUCAAUGGUUUGUGGUGUCUCUGGUUUAUUACGGGUUGGCCAUGAAUUCUGCCAACCUCGGCACGGACCCGUACAUUAGCUUCGCUGCUUCAGCAAUAGUUGGUAUCCCUGCUACGCUGUUCUCGGCAGUAAUUCUCAAAUACCUGGGACGGAGGUUGUCUUUAUCGGGAACCAUGUUGCUUGCAGGGAUCACCUGCCUUGUAACUGCAUUACCGUGGCCAGCUAACUUGAAUUGGGUCAUUGUUACGUUAGCAACAAUUGGCAUGUUUGCAUCAAGUGGCACAUACGGCAUUUGCUUUCUGUACAGUGGUGAACUGUAUCUCACUGUCGUUCGCAAUAUUGGACUUGGAAGUAACUCUACAUGGGCACGUGCAUCAGCUAUUCUAGCUCCAUACGUUGCUUUACUGGGUAUGUAUAGACGUGAAUAUCCCCUGCUCAUUUUUGGAGUACUGGCCAUCUCAGCAAGUAUAGCAGGCCUCUUUCUGCCAGAAACACAAGACCAAGAGCUACCAGAGACAUUAGAAGAUGGCGAAAAUUUUGGAAAAAAACAGAGGUUUUGGACGCUACUACCACAGAAGCCGUCGAUUGACAAUAACAGUGCAGUAGAGCAAUAGCGCCUAUCUAACAGCUACUGCUAUACUGUUUUUGCUACAUCGAGAUCAUCAAACGACAC